CUAAGCCUAUGCGACACUUCCGUACUCUUCGUUCUCCAACGAGUGCAGGCCAAGGGGUAUCCAGCUCGGAAAGGAACACGUCAGUCCCUUUGAUACACUAUCGCAGCAUCUUGCCCGUCAUGGCUACAACUAAUAUGCACAACCUGACAACCUUAAUCAAGAGACUCGAGGCUGCUACUGCGAGACUUGAAGAUAUCGCUUCGUCCACAAUUGAGCUUCCCCAGGCGCCGCCGCUUGGCUCAGAGCUCACUUCGUCUCCCCCUGUGGCUUUCGACGCGCCGACACCUCCUCCUCCGCCCCAGCCAACGGCCAAUGCGACAUCCGCCCCUGUCUCGGACCCGUUGCCGGAAUCAAUUGAACAAUUCGACGCCUUUAUUAACGAGACCGUCGACGGAUAUGUCAAACUCAGCAAACAUCUCGGCGGUUUGGUCGCAGAACAGGCUUCCGAAGUUUUACGAGGCUUUCAGGCAGAGCGGGAGUUUCUGCUCCUCACCACCAAGGCUCGCAAGCCAGAUCUUAAUGGUGUCGAGAUGAAUGUUUACCAAGAUAUCCUUAAGCCCAUCAACGAAGCACUCGUUUCUGUGACCAACAUUAAGGAGGCCAACAGAGGCUCUCCCGUCUUCGCGCAGCUGUGCGCAGUCGCCGAAGGCAUCAUGGUUCUGGCUUGGGUGACUGUUGAUAACCGACCCUGGAAGCAUGUCGAAGAGUCCCUUGCCUCGGCACAAUUCUUUGGGAACAGAGUACUGAAGGAGCAGAAGGACAAGGAUCCGCAACAAGCUGAAUGGGUCAACGCAUUCUAUCAAGUCUUCCGACGACUCGCAGACUAUGUCAAGCAACAUUUCCACAACGGGAUUCCUUGGAACCCUAAAGGCAGGCCAGCGGGGGAAGUUAUGAAGUCUCUAUCUGAGACGACUGAAGUCGCUCCAUCGGCCCACACGUCGCAACCUGGAGGGCUGCCUCCCCCACCACCUCCGCCUGGACCAGCUCCUGUUCUCGAUAUUCAAGACGAGGCGACCGCAUCCAGUAGACCAAAGGCAGGCUUAGACGCUGUCUUCUCCGAGCUCAACAAGGGCGACCAGGUAACCAAAGGCCUCCGCAAGGUGGACAAAUCGGAAAUGACACACAAAAACCCUUCUUUGCGUGCCGGGUCAACCGUGGGAGGACACGACGCUCCUAGAGGAAAGAGCCCCGCCCCCGGCAAGAAGCCGAAGCCGGAGAGCAUGCGAGUGAAGAAACCCGCGAAGAAGGAGCUCGAUGGCAACAAAUGGAUCAUUGAGAAUUAUGACAGAGAACCGCAGCCCAUGGAAAUUGAGGCGGCAAUUUCGCACUCGAUACUCAUCAGCAGAUGCAACAACACAACCAUCAUCGUGAAGGGCAAGGCCAACGCUGUCACCAUCGAGAACUCCAACCGCCUGUCCCUCAUCGUGGACACGCUGGUGUCAACCGUAGACGUUAUCAAGUCUCAAAAUUUCGCCCUGCAAAUACUGGGAACCGUUCCCACUGUCAUGAUGGAUCAAGUCGAUGGCGGGCAAAUCUACUUGAGCAAUGAAAGCAGUUCGACAAAGAUCUUCACCAGCAAAUCAUCAGGAAUCAAUCUCAAUGUCGCUGAGGGACCCGAACAUGAUUAUGUGGAGUUGCCCUUACCUUACCAAAUCUGCUCGUUCUACGAUCCAGCCAAGAAGGAUGUCGUCCACGAGAUUGUCUGUCAUGCCGGAUGAUUGCAUUGUUUGUUGGAGCGUAGAGUUGUUCGGAGAGGAUCCGUUUCUAGGACCCGAAACAUGUGCCUACUUCCUUCCUCAGCUCUCACUGCAAAAUAAACAGUUUUGUAUAGUUGAGUUACCUCAGCCCUGUUUUUUUAAGUUUUACUUUUCUAUUUUCCCCCUUUACUUUCGAUUUCUUUUUUGUUGCCCUGCCGGAAAAUCGGAAGAUGAUAUAUGGCAUAUAUCACAUGUGCUUAUAGAUCCUCGAACAAAAUCUAGAAUCUGGAGGUGGAGUGAGGGGCCAUUAACACACCACGCAACGCAAGGAGAUAUAGUGCCCAAGAGUUCCACCCCAAUAUCAAUUCUAAUAGAUCAUCUACACUACUUGCC